AUGGCAUUUAUUAAUGUGGCCGAAUGGACCGCGGUCAAUACAACGGACUGGCUUAAAGGUCUAGACGACUGUAUCCUACCGUACGUCCAAUUCUUCCUCAACAACAACAUCAAUGGGUGCCGACUAUUGUUGCUGUCGUGCGACGAUCUCAACCACUUAAACGUACGCAAAGUCGGUCACCAGGAGCUGAUCCUCGACGCCGUCGACCUCCUCAAGCAUUUACACUAUAACUUCGGUUCGGAGACACUCCAGUCGCUGGCCCUACGGCUCGGCUGCAAAGCCCGCAGUCUUUACAAUCAACUCAAGAGAGAUCUCAUGAUUGCCAACAAUAAUAACGAUACAGACAAUGGCAGUGGAAGUACUGCCGGUGAUGAACGCGUGUCCACACAGACACUGUCCGCGGUGUCCGAUAUAUUGGCCUCCGUUAAGGCGUUUAUUUCGUGGAUCGAUAGGUAUGUGUGUCUUGUCUUAGAGGUUAUUCCUCCAAAGUUUUUGUGA